AUGAAUGCUGGAUUGCUUAACACAGUUAGUUUUGUGAAAUGCUUAUACAAUUUAAAAAGAGGAGCUGAAAAUGAAACUUCCUCAUUUUAUUUACAAAUUCUACUCACUAAUUGCCCUCAUGCCAUGAUUAAGGCUAUGUAGAAAAACCAGAUUUAGUUCAAGAAUAUUAUCCAGAAUGUUGGAUUCUUUAUGGCCAAAAGGAAAACUAAAGAUAGACUCUAUCAUUAAUGGCAAUGA